AGACUGAACCAGGCGAAGAGACUAAACUGGUUGAAGAUAUUGAAAUUUCGGGCGAAGGCACUAAACUUUUUGAUUAUUGUACUAAACAAUUAUCGUAUAAUGGCACUGAACAACCAAUAUGGUUGGGUGAUAUUUCUGGAUCAUCAUUAUUGGGUGUAGUUGAGAUUAAAGAAAAUAUGGACCCAAUGUGGACUGAUAACGAUGAGGUCAAAGAAAGCCAGCGAAAGCAAAGAGAGGAAAGCCAGCAAAAGCAAAGAGAGGAACCAACGAACGCAAAGGAGGUAAAGCCAACGAAUUCAAAAAGCCAGGAUACUAAUAACCUAAACUAG